AUGAAUGGUGACCGUUUGCCGCCGCCGCCGCCCUGGUCAGAGCAGAAGUAUCCGAAUCUGCCUCAGGUGCCAAAGUUUGCACCGGUAGAUUCUUGGGUCGCCUUCGAGAAUGCGGCAGCCGAGACGACGGCGAGGAUCCGCUCUGGACUGAGUCUGCCAUCCUCACCUGAUGCCAAAGGAGGGAGCUCACGAGCACGCCGCCGCUACGGCAGCGAGCCGCCCCCUUCCCCUGGCAUGCGCUGGCCCGGCUUCUCGCCCCGAGCACGGCUCUGGCGCCUCCCCCCUGUGAUCCAGCAGGUCGAUGUGUCGUCUCGGCUCUCAGGCUUGGAGCUCCCGCAGCCACCUCUGCCGCCAGUGGCCGGCGAGUUGCGGCUGCGCUUGGAGGCUUUGGAGCAACUGCACCGAGAGAGUCGGGAGCAAAAGACGUCGAGCCUGGCACUGGAGCUCGAGAAGACUCGCAGUGCCUACUUGGUGAUCCAGGCAGAGCUCGAGCAAAAGUCUGAACAGCAGACUCUCCUCGAGAGGGAAAUUGCUGACCUGAGGCUGGAGAUCGAUAGGGUGGGUCAGGACAAAGACGGUCUGCAGCAGGCUUUGGAGCUUCAAGAGGAAUCGAAAUCCCAAGCUCUUCAAGAGCGGAGUCACUUGGAGGAGGAGUGCCGGCGCCUCUCGGAAGCUCUGAAAGCAUCCGAGAGAAAAGAGCGGCAGCUCGAAAGAUCAAAAUCUCAGAGUAAGGAGCUCUUAGAGCAGAAGGAAAGGCAGCUCAAGCAGCUGCAAUCAGAUUCUCGCAGCCUUAAGGCCACUCUUUCAGAGCGGGAAAGAGCGGAACAGGCGGGUCGGGAGGCCCAGAAUCAUCAAACGAAGAUGCUGGCCCAAAAGCAGCGAGAGAUCGACCAGCUCACGGAAGAGAACCGGCUCCUGCGCGUGGAGUUGGAAAACUUCGAGGAAGAGCGGUCCCGAGUUGUCGUGCUUGAGCGAAACGCCCGCCAGUCACAGGAGGAACUCAGACAAUCGCAGGAAGAGCUCAGACAGUCCGAGGAGCACCGCCAGGUGCUGCGCCGAAACGUGGAGGAGUUCAAACGCCAGCACGCCGCCCAGCUGGAGAAGCAGCGCUUGCUGGAACGCGACUUUGCGCACCUUAGGGCAGCCCUCAAGCAGCGCGAACAGGCGGGGAGAAGUCUUCAGACGGCCCUUACCGAGCAGCAGCGGCUGGUGCGGGUAGCCACCGCGGAGGAAGCGCGACUCCAGGCCGCGUCUGACGAUGCCUCGGAGCUGUAUGAACCUCUAGGGCCUGUGGGGGCUUUGCCAUCGCUGCCUCGUGUGCCGGUUUCCUUUGGCGCUGGCUUCGUGGAGGCUGAUAUGACAAGCCGCCGGACCAGCAAAGCUUCCUCAGUGUUGGAGGUUGACAUGACGGGCGACACCUGA